CGCCCAGCGCUCCGCCCACUUUCCCGGAGGUGGCCCAGCUCCAGCGUCCCCGGAGGCUUUGCUGCCAGGGGCCAGAUCCACCCGGACACUUAAGACUCACUGCCCACUGAGCAGGGACCUCUGGCCUCCGAAACAAUGGAUAAAUUUGACCUGAUUAAGAUCAUCGGGGAAGGCACCUUUGGGAAAGUAUACUUGGCAAAAAAUAAAACAGAAGGCAAUCACUGCGUCAUAAAAGAGAUCAAUUUUACAAAGGAAAAAGAAGUUUCACAGAAAGAAGUGAUUCUUCUGUCUCAGAUGAAGCAUCCCAACAUUGUAACCUUCUUCAGUGCCUUUCAAGGGAACAGCAGGCUGUUUAUUGUAAUGGAGUACUGUGACGGAGGGGAUCUCCUGCAAAGGAUCCAGAGGCAGAGGGGAGAGUUAUUCAGUGAAGACCAGAUCCUGGGCUGGUUUGUGCAGAUUUCUCUAGGACUGAAGCAUAUUCACGACAGGAAGAUACUGCACAGGGACAUAAAGUCUCAGAACAUCUUUCUUAGCAAGAAUGGAAAGGUUGCAAAGCUUGGGGACUUUGGAACAGCAAGGACACUGAAUAAUUCCAUGGAACUUGCUCAAACGUGUGCUGGGACACCUUACUACCUGUCCCCAGAGAUUUGUCAGAACAGACCAUACAACAACAAAACGGAUAUUUGGUCUCUCGGAUGUGUCUUAUAUGAGCUCUGCACACUCAAGCAUCCUUUUGAGAGUAACAACUUACACCAUCUGGUUCUGAAGAUUUGUGAAGCAUGUGUUGCUCCGAUAUCACCCCACUUUUCUCUUGACCUACAGUCCUUGAUACCUCAGCUCUUUAAAGUGUCUCCUCAGGAUCGACCAUCUAUUAAUUCUCUUUUGAGAAGGCCUUUUUUAGAAACUCUUAUUGCCCGAUACAUGUAUCCUGAGGUCCAUUCAAGAAGAAUUCAGUCCCAUGCUCAUGUGCAGAACGCCGCUAUCCGUUUUACAACUCACUGGGGAGGUAGUCCACGGUCUGCUGCGUAUCUUCAGAGGAGAUUUGAAGCUCAGCAAUAUAAGUUAAAAGUGGAAAGACAAUUGGGUCUUCGUCCACCUUCUGCUGAGCCACAUCCCAACAGGAGAGAAAAGCCACAAAGCCACAGGGACGAGACUCAACUCCAGGAGCUUCGGUACAGGAAGAACAGAAUGAAGGACCAGGAAUAUUGGAGACAGCUAGAGGAAAUCCGCCAACAGUACCACAGCGACAUGAAGGAGAUUAAAAAGAGGAUGGGGAGAGAGCUGAAGGAGAAUGCAGACCUCAGUCAUAAAACCUAUUUGGUGAAGAGGAGUCACCUGCCCUCCCGCCCUGAUGCAGCUGAAGAAGAAGCCUUGGCACAGAGAGGAGUAAAGUUUGAAAUUAGCCUAGAUAAGUGUAUUUCUGAGGAAGACGCCAUCCAAGAGAAUGAGGCAAUGGAUAAACUAAAUGAUACCUUGAGCUUUGAAGAUGGCAUGAAGUUUCAGGAGUGCAGAGCUGUAAAGGACCAUGAAAAUUACACAGACAGAGCCUUUGAGGAGCUCUGUGGCCCCGAAGCAGUUAACUCUGUGUAUGUGCCACGUGGAGUUCAGAGGGCAAGUUGGAGGAGCUGGUUCUCAGGUGGGUCUUGGGGAUCGAACUCAAGUUGGAGGAGCUGGUUCUCAGAGGGUCUCUUUCAGGACAUCAUUGCUGUAGAGAACAGGAGGCAGUGGGAUGCCAGAGCACCUCAGACUCUGCUGCAGAUAAUGGCAACAGCAGAUGUCACCUCCCCCUGCCCCACCAUGCCUGAUGAUGGCCAAGUUAUUGUGAUGGAAGGUAGUCCAGAGAAUCGGAAGCCAUGGUGGUGUGAUGUGCCAGGGACCCUGAGUGCUGUGACGGCAGCACAUGCCCGCAGUAGCCCAUUGUCUGCCAGUGGAGGGGAACCUGUAGUAAUGGUAAAACCACAGCUUCCUCAAGAAGACCAGGAAGAGGCAGAAGUAGCUGCUGGCAUUGUAGUGGAUGAUGAACAAUUGGAUCCAGGAUCGGAUGGUGAUAUAAAAUUUGAAGAGUCUGAAGAUGAGUUGAGAAGUGAAAUAAUAGAAUCCCUAGAAAAACUUGCAACUUCCACAGAAGAAAGGGAAGAGGCUCCCAGCUCCUCUAAGAAUGCUGAAAAGCCAGGAGAGAAAGAAAGCAUAAACUUGCCAGUCUAGAAAUUCCAGUGAAGGUGAAGCUGGUUUUGGCCUAUCUAAUCUGUAUUGCUAAGGCCACAGUUCAUCAAAUGCCAGUCAAAAUGUGCAAGCAUGAAUACUAUUUCUCAUUGCCAGGGAUUCAUGUCCUUAAAGAAAAGUCCACUCUCUUACUGAUUUUAUACACUUUGCCCUGAUGACGCUCUCGAGGGACAACUCCGAUGAAUGCUGGUUUUAGCUUUAACUCUAUUAAAUUGAAACUAUCUGUUCAUAUCUCCACAUUUGUCUUUAGAAUAAAAUUUAUUAGAAAAAAACAGCUUUGGCGAUGUGUGGCAGCUAUUACACUGGUCUCUGCUCAAAUGGUACUAAAACUGUAUUAACCCUUCCACUUCCCUUCUAAGUGACUUGUAACAUUUACAUAGAGUCCAAGGGAACAAACAGCAACAGAACACUGGAACUGUUGUUUUCCAAAACACAGGGUGAUCUUAACCUUUGGGGUGAGUAGAGAGUUAAGAGGAAGGACAGUGGGAGAAGUGAAUUGCAGAGACCAAUUUUCUUCUAGAAAUUUUCAGAAGUUCCUGUCAUAGCUAUGUAACAUAGGUAACUUUUCUGUUGUAUUCACUGACAUGAACACAGAUGCACUCUCAUUUAUUUAUUCCUAUCAAGGUUUUGGAGUCAAGGAUACUUUUAUAUAAUAUUCUGAAACACAUAUUCUGAAAGUACCAAUAACACUGGUACUUACUCUAAUUUUGCUUAUAUUAUGACCCUGUAAAAUACUCUGGAAAUUAUUAAAAUAGGGUAUAUGGGAAUUGAUAGUAUAGCUCAGAGGUUAGCAUGCACAAGAACUUGGGUUGGACUCCCAACACCAAAACCAAGUGUAUGAACUAUAACUAUUUCUAAUUCACUUAAAGCGUCUAUAAAGGGCUUGAGAGAUGGUUUGGCUAAGACUUGUCUUUCAGAGGAUUCAGGACAAUGUUCUCCCCUCCCCCAAGAGCCAUAGGCUAUCCAACAAAACCCCAGUACCAGGCUUCAGAAACCUCCUUUUGAGUUGUUGGUCAUGGGAGAUCAAGAGACUCCUGAAACAAUAUAGGCUAUUGCUAUUGCCCUUGUUGCCUACCAGAGCUGAAGGGAAGUCUCUGUUGCAGAAGACAUCACACACUUUGGACACAAGACUUGCAGGUUCAAGGUGAUCUGACUGGAAAGCUUCCUCCUUGAGAACUAGAUUUCAUAAUACUAGAAAGUGCUUUGCCGGCUGCCAAGGGAGGAUAGCAAUCAUUAGUCCUGCUCAGCUGUGAUGCCUACAAGCUACAAGCUGUCUCUAAAGGUGUAACAGUGGUACUUAUGUAUUGGUGGUAACCAAUAGCUGCCACAUUGAAUGCAAAGCCCACUCAACAGAAGGGAAAUCAUGCCUGGCUAGUGAGGUCAUGGAUUUUGGAGAAGGUAUUACUGCUCCUUUCAUAAACCAGUGUAACUCCUAACUGCAUUCUAAAUACUUGUAUUUAAACCCAAAGAUAAGGGUAGUUUUCUCCUCUGAGCAAAGCAGCUUCCUUUUGCAGAAGAUGAAGACUAUUACAGAAAGCUACAUCUGGUCAAAAUGUAGAGAACAACCAUCUGUGGGGUGCCCAGUCCCAGUUGAUACAUCUUACACAACCCUUACACCUAAGGUUCAGUGAACACUGCAAAAGAGAGGGGCAGAAAGAUUUUAAGAGCUAGAGGACCAGGUAGUUGGUUGCAGUAUUAUCUCUAGAUGUGACAGGGAAUCUACACACACAAAAUCUCAACAAUAUGCCUAAACAAGACCUUAACAAUGACCACACCAGUUGAUAUGGAUGAGGAAAUCUUACAUGGCUCGACCCCUAGAUCAGUGGUUCUCAAUCUUCCUAAUGUUGUCACCCUUUAAUAUAGUUCCUCAUGUUGUGGUGACCACCAACCAUAAAAUUAUUUCAUUGCUAUGUCAUAACUGUGAUUUCACUACUGUUAUGAAUUGUAAUGUAAAUAUUUGAUAUGCGGGAUAUCUGAGAUGUGACCCCCAAAGGUUGAGAGCCUCUUCCCUAGAUGAAGAGCUAAAAGGGAAUUGAUGACUGCUGAGAGAGAAUUAGUCCUCCCCAGGGAUGAGCUUCCUAAUUGGUUAUCCAAUACCAAGUGGUCAUCCCUAAAUCAAAUACAAGCAACACCAAAGGGACCCAGCAGGUUGCAUUUACAUAUUUAUUUGCAUACACAUGUAGCAAUAAUAAUUAAAGAAAAAGAGACCAUGAAUUCCAGAGGUAGGAGAGUCUGAGGGGAAAGAGGAAGUGGAAAAAAUAAUGUAAAUAUUUUAAUUAAAUUAAAGAAAUCACCCAUCAGAAUUAGAUACAAGUAUAUUCUGUAUCAAUAGCUCUACAUCACAAUUAGUUAUAAAUAUAUUAUACAAAGACCAUGUAACACAUACUUCAUAGUUGUGGUAUCACUCACUGUAAAUAGGAAUGUGAAUCCCCACUGCUGUGGACUCAAAACGGAAUGCUUGGACCACUGAAAAACCGUAAUUGUAGAGGACUUAACAGCCACUCAGAAGUUUCCUAGAAACAGUUAAAAGAUGAGUCUUGACAUUUUGCACAGUACCUGAAAUUUAGUAAAAAAAUAAAUAUCUGUAGUACCUUGUUAGGAACACUGGAAAAGAAUAUAUAUGUAAACCAUAUUUUAUGCUUUUGAUACAUGAAAGUAAUUUUGAAAAGUUGGUAUAAAGUGUUAAGAAAUUGAGAAUCCUUUUUUCUUCCAUCACAUUCUCUGUUUUCUUCAUUUGAAUUUUUUUUUUUUUCUUUCGAGACAGGGUUUCUCUUUGCAGUUUUGGUGCCUGUCCUGGAUCUUGCUCUGUAGACCAGGCUGGCCUCGAACUCACAGAGAUCCGCCUGGCUCUGCCUGCCGAGUGCUGGGAUUAAAGGCAUGUGCCACCACCGCCCGGCUUCAUUCCAAUUUUUAUAAUCUUUAGUCCUGUUAUUUUGUGUGGAUGGGUAGGUAGGCUGUGCGAGCUAUAGCCAAAUCUUACUUCAAAGACUAGCCAUAAAAAAACAGAGUGGGCUGAAGGUCAGAACACCAGGUCAUAAUCCUGAUUCUGUCAUUAAACAGCUUUGUGAUAAUAAAGAAAUCUACUUGGUUCUUUAAAUUGUUUUUGUCUGUAAAGUUGAAAAUAAAAUAAACAAUGUGUAAGGUUCCUUUUACCUCCAGACUCCACAAUCGCUUUGCAAAGUAAAUUAUCUCCAACUUAAGCUCUGUUCGUGUGCCACACUGCUUUUCCAUUGUAGUGAGUCAAUAAUAUAAUUGGGAGUAAGUAGAUAAUGAAGCUAGCCAGAUCAAAACAAACAAACAAAAAUAAAAACAGCUGGAGGAGACAGCAAGGAAUAAUGUGCCUCUUUUGUAUGCCCUAACACAAAUGUCAGACAAACUGUGUGGGCAAUUCCUUUAACUAGAAGGAACUCUGUAUGUACAAAAUGACAAAUGCCGUCAUUACAGUCCCAUCUGUGCACACAUAAUCACUUGUUGCUGUGCUGUGGCUCAAGCUUGCCUCACACACAUUACAGCCAGCUACUUACAGUCACAUCCCCUGCCUCCACAUACUUGCCAGUUAUUCAGAAUAGAAGCUGGAUGAAAUUUAUACUGAUUCCCAGCUACUGGCUAAGAAACCAAAAGCUACAGAGUUGUAAACACAUCUUUAAUUUACAAGUACAGAAAACCUUUACUACUGGUUGUUACUUCUUUAAAAAAAAAGUUUUAAAAUUUGCUUUUAUAGUGUUAAAUUACCUGGUAAACAGCCAACAGGGGAAUAUAUUCUGACCUCUCCAUCAGGUGUUAGGGACCAUAUCUGUCUCACUCAUUAAGAUUUCCAGAGGUCUAGGAGUGUCCGUGGUGAAGUGCAUAUUCAGAGGGAGAAAAUGGGUAAGUUGGCACUAGAGUUUGGAGGCCACACUUGAAGAACCAUAUUCUUUAAAUUAGCGGUUGUUUACCAGCACUUAGCUAGGUUUCCAGUACCAUGUUCUCCCUCUAGUUGAGCCAGUCUCAGUCCAGUUUAAGGGCUGUUGGUUACUGUUAAGUAUGCGGUGCCACUACCACUGCACCCUUAAGGUUUUCUUGCCAUGCUGGUUUUUGUUUUUAUGUGGUUCAUAGGUGGCAUAGCUGGGUAUGGCUGUUGGUUGCCUCCCUCCUUCAGAAGUUUGCAUGGCACCUUCUUGUACCAUGAAAGUUAGUCCUGGGGCAGCAACCAGGUUUUGUGUGUGUAUGUGUGCUCACAUGUACGUGCUCUUCAAGUUAGUUCUAGCUUAAGGGUCUCUUGGCCCCGUUUCUGAAGUGCAUGGGACUCCAGCAAUUGAAACUUAUUUUCCACUUCUAGGGGGUAACCAAGGGCAAAAGCAAUAGGUUGUAUGGUUUAGGAGUCUCUUGGACAGACCUGGCCAACAACUCAAAAGAGGCUUCUCAUGUCUGGUACUGGGCUUUUUGUUAGGUGGUCUUUGGCUCUUGGAGGAAGGAUUGUCAGCCCAGAUGAGAAAAGUUCUUUAAAAUUACACAAGUAUUUUUAUACACAGAAUUACAGGUACUACAGUUCUUUUUGGUGUUGUUUAGUAAUCAACGGUAUGACUCCUUGUGGCUUUUUUAGACAUCCUUAUUUUAUUUUAUCAGCCUCCCUCCUUUAAUCACCUCCUUCCCCCUUCCCUAAAAGCCACCCCCAACACACACACCACUUCCCCUAUCAGGUCACUGGGAUCUUUGGUUGUUAUGUUUACUAAAGCAAUACUUAAUUUUCAGAGUAGCUUCAUAUGCUUCACAUCUUGUAUCACAAUUCUAAAAGGUAUUAACAGCUUGAUUUCAGAUGAAACACCCAAGAAUCAAAAACAUUAAGGCAUUGCUUUAGUGUUAGCAAGUCAGGUAUUUGUAAAUGGUGAAGUGAGGUCCAGCCCAGUAUGCUAACUACCGCCUGGCACUUUUUUCAAAAUGCCAUCUCAUGAUCCUUUACACGGUUUGCGCACUAUGAUACGACAAGGUCAGUUUUAGAAAAGCAACUUAGCUUGAUAUUCUCUUAGCUUGAAUCUCUUCACAGUGGGGCUGUUAAGGGAUGAGAAACCCAUAGAAACAAACUGUGUUAGGCUCUAAACAAAACCCAACUUCUACACACACCUAGUUAUGGGAAAGAUUGCUGCUGGUGUUUUGACUUCAACAUAUCUGUACACACCCAUGAAGAAAUCAGUCCAUCCAAUCUCUUGACUGAUGCUUUGGAAUAGGAUUAGAGAUGCCUGUUUGAAGUUUCUUUUUCCUUUAAGAAAAUUAUUAGGUAUACUUAAAAGGUUACUCAUGCUGUUGUUUCCCAGGACUUCUGAGGUUGGGGUAAAGCUCUCACUGGUUAGAACACUUGUGUACCAUGAGCAUGACUCUAGGUUCAAUCUCUAACUCUAAACCCACCCCUCAAACAGUUUUUUCCAAAAUAUAAGACUAAAUUUUAAAGUGCCAGCUGAUUAUCUGCUAAGUGUUUCUCUCAGCACUUCCCUUUCCUCUGGAGGGAAGUGUUUGGCUGAGGUUGGCUCAGUGCAUUCUGUGGUGCUAGGAAUUCAAAUGUCCCUGCUCCUGCUUUCCACUCUGAGGCUCUACAUUCUAUCUCCAGCAUCAUAAAACAAAAACCCAGGAAGUUUUAUGUUUUCUAAAGUACAGUGAUUUGAAAACAGGAUUUGGGGCUUAGAAUGCAGCUCAGUUGGUAGAGUAAUUGUCCAGCCUCCGUUGGGCUCUGGGUUCCAUCCCUAGCACUGCAUACACUGGACUUGUUAAAUUCAUUACUAUGAUCAUAGCAUUCUGGGAGGUGGAGGCAGGGACAUUCAAGGAUUAAAAUAAAAGGAAAA